AUGCAUUGUUCAAGCAAGCAUGACCAUCUUUUGGGAGCGUUGAGGCUCUUUCGAUUGAAGAGGUUGAAGUCUUCGGGUUCUGGCGGCUUUUACAGGUCAUACAGGCAGUCGCCUUCGUUUUGCUUGCAAAAGUCGUGUGAUUAUUCGUACAGCUCGUCAGCAUGUCGAACAUGUGAUGAGAAGAUAGAUUGCGUUGGUACUGAAAACAGAAGGAGAGGAAUCCUUCUUGUAAAGUUGAGCUGCCGCUCGUAG